CUUCGUAAUAGGGGAACUAAGAAGAGUUCAGCCACAGCAAAGCAAACCCAGAGAAGUACAAGAAAGAUUAAAAAAAAACCCCAACAACAAACCCUUUCAUCUAAGUUCUACUACUAUCCCACAUCUGUCAUGUAACAGAAGUUUUUUUCAUCAGAGAAAGAAGCAUUUCAUCAAAAACAAAAGAGAUUGCUCAGAUUUCACAACUGCAAAUCAUGUUGGGAAAAAAGCCGGUGACUGCACAGAAGCGAGGGGAGACAAGAGCCCUGUGCCUGGGACUGGGAAUGGUUGCAUGCUCCAUGAUGAUGUACUUUUUUAUUGGGAUCACCAUUGUGCCAUUCUACACUAAAAGUGUCUGGACAACAGAAACAGUGUGCAAGGUACUCAAAGCCAACAUCAAGGACAAAGUUCUCUCCCCAAACAGCGGAGGCUCCGAGGAGGAGGAUAUCUUUCCUUACCCAUGUCUACAGGUGUGGGUUAAUCUGACAGCCUCAGGGCAAGAGGUUAUGCUGUAUCAGACUGAAGAUACACUGGAGAAAAAUCCUAAGUGCUCAUACGUCCCAGACAAGUUGGAGAACUCUAAAGAAGUUAAAGCACGAAUAGAAACAAUUUCAAGCAAUUUUAAAAGAUAUCAGACUUUCCCAUGCUACUAUGACCCAGGAGGAACACAGGCCAAUGUAAUUUUAAGCAGACUUUAUCCCCCGAAAGGCCUCCUCUUUGCUUUCCUUUGGCCUACACUCAUGUUUACCGGUGGAUGUCUGAUUAUUGUUCUGGUAAAAAUUAGUCAGUAUGUUUCUGUUCUUUCUGCUUGGCAGUAGAAAAUCAGUAUCUAGCAUUGAUUGUUGCAAGAUAUUAAAAGGCCUUUGUUUUUCUUGCCUUUAUCUGCAUUUUGUGCGUUUUAAUACACCAGGUAUCAGUCCAAUGGCAGUCAUUCUAGAAAACUGAAUGGCACCCACUAACGUUUGCAAUCCAUUACAUGAGUACAAAAUAAAAAAUUGAUUCCCAAGAAUGCCUGAAAAUACCUUGUAAGAACACAAACUGAGUUACUGUCUAUUGUUUCCUUGGGCUUUCUGAGGCACAGUUGCUUUACAGAGGUACAAUUCAAGUUUAGUAGUAAACUCCUGUUCCACAUUUUAGACAGGGUCCCAAUUCUCUGGCUGAGACCAGUUGGUGCCAGAUACAUAUACAUCAUGACUGGCAGACACAACCUUUAUAUACUUCAUUACCAAUACAGUAUGUAUUCAUGGCAUACUCUUCUCAUCUGUUGAGAAAAGAAGUUUUGUUAUGGUCCACAGAGAUAUUUUAUAUUAUGGAGCACUCUGCUUUUGGGAAAGGGGAGGGGGAAAACCACCUGCAACUAAAAUAUACACACACAGAUAUUAUGAAGUUUGCACUCUAAAUAUCUAACACCAACUGUAUAUAAUGAAAUAUAUGCCUCAAGUAUAAGGUAAAGAAGCUUACUUCUAAUUGAAGUUUUUGUAUUUAACUCAAAUCUUUGCCUUGCUUUAUUUUGCAACAAGUCUACCACUGAAGGAAAGCUACCUGCCUUCUGUUUGUAUAUUUUAUAAAAUGGCUAAGGAAGUUACAACAUACAGAAUAUGACUAUGUAGUAGAAAAUAUCCAUGAUGUCCUACUAAAUACAGUAGUCUAAUGUAGCCACAGAAGUUUGCAUGUUUAGCACAAAGGUAUUUCACAACAGACACGUUUGUUUCUGGGACCAAGAGCCUUAGAAAUGCUCUGAUGCACGUAUAGACACAUUUUCUGUUCUCUGAAAAUAAUUCUCUCAGCCAAUUUUCAAACUGCUACUGGACACAAGAGGAACACAAGAUACUUCCUGCAUGCUGUAGUUGACUGGCAUUUGGAACGUAACUAGUACAAGCUUGUUCAUCGCACAGCUGAUGAACCACUUAGCAGCUGUCAUUCACAGGAAAAUUUCAGGGCUUAGAUACAAAUUUAAAUUCAUUAAACUGUAGUGGAAAAAAGUUA